GUUCGACUUCCACGAUCGAUCAAAUGAAAUCUUUGGAUAAAUAAAGUACGACUAGUCGUGAACAGAAAUUGUCCUUUGAAAGCUUUCUUGAUUUCAUGCAGAUCAUAUUAUUAGUUUUAUAAAUAGGCUUUUCUAGUCGUUUGAUAUUCUACUUUAAUGAAUAGCAGAAUGGUUUUCGUAAAACGCUACGCUGGCGUACGUCGAUGCUAUCGGAAAGCAUUUGUGCACUUACCUGACGAUACAUUACUGCUUGUGUUGCAGUAUUUAUCUGUCCAAGAACUGUACCAAAUGUGUCGAGUGUGCAGACGCUUUAACCAACUUAUCAUGAAUACACAAAGCUUAUUCAUUCACACUUCAUUUGCUGGAAUUUGGCCGUCACCAAAGAAUUUUUCAGUUUUUUUGAAAGGGUCAUCUGUAGGAAACAUUGAAGCAGUUAUCAAAUUGGGCUUAAGUUAUCUUUACAAUGAAGGAGUUUCAGAAAAUUCUUCAAAGAAAAUCUCUUCAUCAGCAAACGCCCACAACGCAAAAAAUGCCACUCAGUAUUUCUGUCAGGCAGAAAGCAUAACACCUCCGACUGUCGCGUUUAUUUGGUCGUUUAUUCGCCCUCCUUGGGCUCCUGGCAUCAUGUGUUGUAAAAGACAUGUCUUCAAUGGUAUCAGGAAAUUCUGCGAAGAAAAUCAGGAUGCUUCUUCCUCUUUGCUUUAUUCACUUGGGAAAAUUAUAAGUCUGGUUGAGAAAGUAGACGACGAUGAAAAUUGUAAAGAUUAUGCAAGAAUGUGGCUGGAGAAAGCGGCUUUAAAAGGCAGUACCUUGGCGAAGUUUGAACUAUGGAAGAUGGAUCGCGAGACCGAUCUUGAGCCCGCGGUGAAACUACAUCAGCUACGAAAUCUUCGUGGUUGUGUGCAACAUAACAAAGAUGCCCAACUUGAACUUGCCCUUCAUUACGCCACAGGGAACGUUGGAAACAUCGAUAAAGUUACUGCUGUUAAUUAUGUGAAAGAGUUCAUGGCAUCCUCUCUGCCCUGUAGACGUCGUGGUAUUUUUAAAUAUCAAAAUGAGGUCACACGGCCGAUGAGGUAUAUUCUUGUUGACUGGCUAGUGGAAGUUUGUACUAUGAAGAAUUUCACUAGUCAUGUUCUGCAUGCCGCUGUUUCCUACGUGGACUUGUAUUUGUUACGGAGAAAAAGCAAUCGUGGUGAACUACAAUUGUUAGGAAUUGGAUGUCUGCUUAUUGCUUCAAGAUUCUACGAGAAAAAUAUUGUAACAAUUCGAGAGUCAUCGUGGCUGACAGACAACACAUAUUCAUACGAACAAGUUGUAAGAAUGAUAGGCGAAAUAAUGAGUUGUCUUAAAGGAGAAACUCAGGUGCUGACAAUUCCAAACUACGUGAGACUUUGCUGCAAACUUAUGAAGGUGGAGCACAAAGUGGAGUAUUUAGCAAAUUACAUCGCAGAUUUGUCUUUAUUGCGAGUCACUGCGAGCAGGUACAAAUAUUCGUGUGCACAUGUUGGUUUUUGUUGUACGUUUUUAGCUCAAUUGAUAUACUAUCCUGAGACAUUUUGGUCCCCAACUUGGGAAACUUAUGUUCCUUUCGAGAAAAGUACUGUUUUGGGAUGUAUGAGUUUCCUUAUAGACUCUUGCUUAACACAAGAUUGCCCUACGGACAAACAAAAUGGUCGACUGAAAGCCGUCAAAGAAAGAUAUGAAUCGGAGAAGUUUUCCGAAGUUAGCAAAUUGAAGUUACCGCCGAGCGAGGACCUAAAAGAUUUAAUUAUGCGCGUUCGCUUUUUCGACGAGACUGCCGACCACAUAUCGGAUGAGACUGCGUUGAAUUUGACCAGCUGCAGUAUAGCGUCAAGUGGCUACGAUGGUGAUGAGGAGGAUAUGGGUGAACUUAUGGUCAGCGAUGAUGAUCAAGUGAUGGUAUGGAACGAUACAGAGUCAGAUGAAGACGAGGAUGUGUUUUCUAAAAACAAGGCUCUUAAAACUUGUAGCACUCCAGACCAAUUAGGUGUAGAUGAUAUAGAGCGUUCUACACCAAGCUUCUUAACACCCAGUUGGUUUCAAGUUGUCGUGAACCAAUCAAAUUUGUCAAAUAAUGAAACUUUACUUGUGAACCAAUCAAAUGUGUCAAAUAAUGAAACUUUAUCUUUGUCGUGAACCAAUCAAAUUUGUCAAAUAAUGAAACUUUAUCUGUUGGACACAAUAAUGUUGCAUCUAGUGGCGACCACGUGCCUUUUAACUCAACUUGCUCACCUUCAAAUGUUCAUCGGCGACCUUUGAUUGAUGUUAAUCAUAGACGACAUUCAUCAGGAAGUGUGGAAAGCAAUGGGAAAACAAAUGCACAUUUCAGGCCAAUUUAUGCAUCAAGUAGAAGAGCUGCAUCCGAAAAUAUGGCAGUCAAUUAUCCUUAAAUUCUAUAAUUAUAAAUUUGUACAUAUACUUGUAUGCUGUAAACUUAGUUAUGUAUGUUUUUUAAUUUAACAAAAAAUAUUCAAAUUUGUAAGAUAAGCCAGAAGUCAUCUAUUUUACCUAGAUGUUCUCGCUCUUUCCAAAAGAUUGUUAUACACUUGUAAAAAGACAAAUUUAGGUGUUUCAAUAAAUUCAAUAAAAUUUAUCUAAAAAUCA